AUGGAUUUUAAUCGACCCAUUGCAGAAAACAACAAAAGGCUUUACAAUCCCCAUACAGGCACUCUGAUGGAAGCAAUAAAAAAAAGAAAACUUAAUGCAGGAAUAGAAAAUAUCAUGCCAUCUCCAGGUCUAAUUGGACCUCCCCAAAAAGAUGCUGUCCCUUGGCCUCUUCCUCCUAUUCCAUGUAUGGAAAUUGAAAAGCUUGUACAAGAAAAAAAGCUUGCAGAGCAAGAAAGACAAGAACGAAUUAACCGGGCCACCUACCAAACUUCAAAUUGCGGCCCAAUUCGAGAAAAAAUUAUUCCUAAUAGCUAA